CCCAAGAUGUGAGGUUAUUCGAAGCAUCCAGCUAAAUUUAAAAAAAAUUAGGAUGGAGGUCGGGUGAGGCUAAAAUGCUUUUCAGUUAAACACUGAUAAAUUUAAGGUUUAACACUAAGUUUUAAUUUUAUUAUCGUAAAGUUCAGUUUUGAUUAUCAGUGGUGGAGUUGAGUGAAAAUGGCAUCAGGUAUAGGCAAGAAGAAGUUCAAUGUUAUCCAUCGUACAACAAGUGAAACAAUUAGAUUAUGUGAAGCUGAUAUUUUGGAUGAAACAAUUCACAUCGCCCCCUUCCCUUCAUCAGUACGCAACAAUUCUUCCGUGCAUCAUUCCAGAAAAAAGGUUCAAAGUUCCUUCCAGAUAACAGACGUCUGUUUGACCCGUCCGGACUUCGGAGACGAAUCAGCUGACGAUCUGGAUGAAUCUCAUACAGAUGAAAACUCAAGGGUGACAGACAAUGAAACUCCAAGUUAUUCGGAAGAUUCUCGAGAUGCUGAAGAUCAUGGAACUACAACAACUUUUGGACAGAUGUCUACAGCUGCUACGACAGCACCCAUAUCUUCAGCCUCUACGAAAUCCAGGGAGGAAAAAUCGAGAUCUCUCAGUAGUGAUUCACCGAAUUCAAAUUCCUUCAGCCGAGGAAGAUGGACUUGCUUGGAUUACGUAGAUAACACUCAACAACUUAUAGAUAUGGACCUUGCUGACAAUGAAAAAUUUGUUAAUCAGUAUUUGAAAAGCUCAUCCGCUUUGAAAAAUUGCGAGUUAUUUUUCGAGAAGAAAUUUCAAGACGUUCUGCAAUUUGAAAAAAACGGAAUAAAUUUCAACAAAGACGAGGUUGAUGAUGCUUAUAGAAAAGUGGCCAGUCUUUUGACAACAAACAAAGUAGAAAAAAAUGUCAGUUCAGGUGGUAAAGGAGUCGUGGAAAUCGAUUCAAAAAUCGAACAAGCUAUGGAUUUAGUGAAGAGCCACCUGAUGUACGCUGUUCGACAGGACGUGAAUGUGUUAAAACUGAAAAUAUCUGAAUUGCUAGUAAAAAUCAGUCAGUUGGAAUCAGAAAACUUAUAUCUUCGUGCAAAAGCUAGCCCGGAAGUUCUCAAAUUACUGGAAAGAAGGAAUCAACCAUCAUAAAUACCAACACUUUAGGUUCGACUCUCAAUUUUCACAUCCUGUUUUGCUCUAAUUGGGUAUUUUGCGAAAUCAGUCAAUAGUAGAGCUUCCACCGUACCUAUUUCAUCUUGUUCUUCCACCAAAUUUACUUCGAGUUCUGAGUUAGAUGAAAUUUCAAUACGCCUUGCUCAAUUGGUGGUUCAAUUAUGAAUUAACAUUAAUCAUUUUUUAAUUA